AUGAAAUGUUUACACUUCGGACUCCAUCAACGCCUCGGGUGUCUGCCCUCACGUCGACUCCUCCCCUGCUCGCCACCUUAUGCCAUCGCCUCCCCUGUGAAGCCACCGGCCGGAGACCUUCGAACACCCACAGCUACAGGGUGGAGAUACCAGUUGUGGACGAUAAUUAUAUUCACAAAACCAGUUGUUGAGGAUGAUGAUUCCGGAAGGAGAGGAAGGUGCAUCUCUCAUCUUCUUCACUUCAUAAGGCGUUCUCCUCCUCAUGCCCUCCAGCCUUUCUUGGACUAUACUUUGCUUCCCCUGCUGCUUCUGUUGGAAGCUGCAGUAAACUGCAGAUCUCCACUGGCAUUAAAUGACAAGUUAAAAGAAAAGCCUCCUAAAAUAAGUGAUGUCGUGGCAGAAGACGUGCUUCAAUGUUUGGAGGAGCUUCUAAUCAAGUGUCAUCUAGGAUCUGUGGAACAGAUGGUUGUAGCAUUGAAAAAUUUGACAAAUGCAGCGUUGCUCUCACCAUCUGAGGCAUCCGAGGAGUUUCGUGAAGGAGUUAUUAGGUGUUUUAAGGCAAUGCUUCUUGGUUCAUGUUUGUGCUCCAACAAUUCUUGCAAUUGCAACCAAAUAAAUGUCCUGCCUCUGCCUCUGCCUUUGCUUUUAGAGAAGAGAUCAUUCAUGGAAGCAAACCCCAAGGAAUGUUUACUUGCAUUCCUUCGUUCUCAGUCUGCAAUUGUCACUGUUGGACACUGGCUGUCACUUUUAUUGAAAGCUGCAGAUGCUGAGGCAGGGCGUGGCCAUGUAGGCAGUUCUAAGCUUCGUGUAGAAGCCUUCAUGACUCUUCGCAUUCUUGUUGCUAAGGUUGGUACAGCUGAUGAACUAGCUUUCUUUUUACCUGGUGUUGUUAGCCAAAUUGGAAAAGUUCUGCAUGUCUCAAAAACAAUGAUUUCUGGGGCUGCUGGAAGUAUAGAAGCUAUGGACCAAGCACUUAGAGGUUUGACCGAGUUUCUCAUCAUAGUUCUUCAAGACGAUGCGAAUUUAUCAAGUCUUGUUGAUGAUGACAUUGAUAUAAAUACGAAUAAGUCUCCACUAUCAUUUCUAGAGGAGCUUCGCCGUUUUCCUGGGAAAAAGCAAGAUCAGGGUCAAAUUGUAGCAAUAAAGUCAACAACCCAAGAGGUGAUGGUCAAUAGUAAUACUAAUACUCCAUCGCAAUCUGGCUUCAAAGGGAAUGGACAUACGAAAUCUUUGUAUGUGGAACGUACAAAAGAUUGGAUUGCUGCAACUUCUUCUCAUGUGAAUAAGUUAUUGUCCUCGGCAUUUCCACACCUAUGUGUUCAUCCAGCCAAGAAGGUGAGACUUGGGACCAUGGCUGCUAUACAGGGACUCUUGUUAACAUGCAGUCGCACACUGAAGGGCAGCAGGCUAAUGCUUCUGGAAUGCUUAUGUGCUUUAGUUUCUGAUGAAGAUGAAGAGGUGUCAUCAGCUGCACAGAUGUUUCUUGGAGAUUUAUUCUCAUCAAAUGGGAAGCAUCACAUUGAACGUGAUCUUGUUGAUAUAUUUAAAAGGCUCUUUGAAAAGCUUCCGGAGGUGAUGAUUGGAGGGGAGCAGUCCCAUUCACAUUGCCAAAAAUUGCUUGUAUUGAUUUACUAUUCCGGUCCCCAACUUGUUAGAGAUCAUCUUCUCCAAUCUCCUGUGACAGCUGCUCGGUUCUUUGAUACCCUCACCCUUUGUUUGAGCCAGAAUUCGGUAUUUUCUGGCUCUUUGGACAAGCUGCUUUUAGAGAGAUCAUCAUCAUCAUCAUCAUCAUCAGUUGGGUACUUGCGGUCUAUAACUGAGAUGAAAGCUACCAGUUUCUUUUCAAAUGAGAAAAAGGAGCCUAAUUAUGAAGAUCCCAACAACUCUUUCAAGAUACAAAAUGAAUAUGAUCUUCCACGUAUGCCACCUUGGUUUUCUUCUUCGGGCACUCAGAAACAACUUUAUCAUGCACUCGCAGGGAUCCUAAGACUUGCUAGCUUCUCUCUUAUUGCAGGUUCUCAAAGUAGGGGGAACUUAUCGAUUAUCAAAGAUAUUCCACUGAGCUACUUGCGUAAAUUGAUUGCUGAUGUUCGAAACAAGGAAUACAUAAAAGAGAGCUGGGAGUGUUGGUAUAAAAGGCCUAAUUCAGGGAAGCUAGUAAGACAAGCUACUACUGCUGCAUGCAUCUUGAACGAGAUGAUGUUUGGUUUAUCCGAUGAAGCUAUUCAUAAUUUGAAAACAAAGUUUCACAAAUCCAGCAGCUCAGAGAGCUUAAAAGAUGAUGUGGGUGGUUGGAAUGUUUCUCUAACAAAGGAUACAAGGAGUCAGUUAAUCGAGUGCAUCGGUUCUAUUUUGCAUGAGUAUCUAUCUCCUGAAAUAUGGAAUCUUCCAUUACAGCAAUCCGAUGUUAAUGUGCACUUUUUUCAUGAUAAUGCAAUGCUGCACCAGGUUAUAAUUGAUGGGAUAGGCAUAUUUGAUAUGUGCCUUAAGAGUGAUUUUGUGUCAAGUGGGUUUCUUCAUUCGUCUCUUUAUGUGUUACUGGAGAAUCUCAUCUGUUCAAACUUUCAAGUCAGGCGUGCAUCAGAUGCUGUCUUACAUGUGAUUUCAGCUACUUCUGGCUAUCCAACGGUUGGGCACAUGGUUUUGGCAAAUUCAGACUAUGUAAUCGACUCCAUAUGCAGGCAGCUUCGUCAUCUGGAUCUUAAUCCUCAUGUUCCAAGUGUUCUUGCUGCCAUUCUGUCCUACAUAGGUGUGGCCCACAAAAUCUUACCCUUGAUGGAGGAGCCAAUGCGUUGUAUUUCAAAGGAACUUGAGAUUCUUGGCAGGCAUCACCACCCUCAGCUUACCAUCUCCUUCUUGAGGGCGGUGGCAGAAAUUGGAAAGGCUUCAAAGCUUGAGGCUUGUUCACUGGCCUCUGAAGCAGAGAUAUAUAAGAAGGGCGAAUGGGAGGAGAUGUUUUUCAAAUUGAAGGACUCCAAAAGCUACAGACAAACUGUCGGCUCUAUUUCUAGUUCAUGUAUCACAGCUGCUACUCCUCUGCUUACUUCCAUCAAGCAAACAGCAUGUUUGGUAGCCUUGGAGAUAGUCGAGGAUGGAAUCAUUGCACUUGCUGGAGUGGAAGAAUCAUAUAGGCAUGAGAUGAAAACGAGAGAGCUCCUUAUAGAAGCUUUACAAUCAAAUUCAAUUCAUGAUCUUGCUGAUACUCUCGAGGCAGAAAACGAUGAUGUAACUCAAGAAAACAGAUUACUUCCAGCAAUGAAUAAAAUCUGGCCCUUCCUGAUUGCCUGUAUACGAAAUGGGAAUCCACUGACGACCAGAAGGUGUGCUGGUGUGAUCGGUAGAGUGGUGCAAAUCUGUGGAGGCGAUUUCUUUUCACGUAGAUUCCAUACCGAUGGGCCCCACUUGUGGAAACUUUUAAGUGCAUCCCCAUUUGAGAAAAAGCCCAUGAAUUUUAAAUCUAAAGAAUCAAGACUUGUACAACUUCCAUACAGAAGGGGUGAUGAUGAUGAUGAUGAUCCAAGGGCUGAGAUUUCAGAUUUGAAGGUCCAGGUGGCGGUGCUGGAGAUGAUAGCUGAGAUAUCCGGGAACAGAAAGAGUGCUUCGGCAUUGGAAUCUGUGAUUAAGAAGGUGAGUGGGGUUGUGGUGGGGAUUGCAUGUAGUGGUGUUGUUGGGCUUCUUGAUGCAUCUGUGAAUGCUCUUAGAGGACUUGCCUCGAUUGAUUCUGAUCUUAUUUGGCUCCUUUUGGCUGACGUUUAUUACUCUAAAAAGAGGGAAAUUUUUUCGGCACCUGUUUCUGUAGCUGCGGAUUUACCCGAGGUUUUGCCACCACCUUUGUCUUCCAACUCCUAUCUUUAUGUUCAAUAUGGUGGCCAGACCUAUGGUUUUCACAUUGAUUUUUCUGCUGUAGAAUUUGUUUUCAAGAAAUUGUACUCGUAA